GAUAUCCUUCCUGUCGGGGUUGAAAUUGGAAAGUAUCAACGGACGUUGCGGGUUUGCCCCAGUACCACCGAUUGGGUUACUCACACCUCUCUCACCGUCCCGUCUGCGCAUUUUUCAAUUCCGUGAAUUGGCCACGCGACCGCCGCCGACGAAGCCGCGAUCCGCUCAACUUGCUCUUGUCCUACCACUUGGUAACGAUCGAUCAUGUCAUCUGCAGCCAUGUCGAAAAAGAACAAAGGGAAGAAAGUGGCCGAUCCCAAUGAGACAUCCAAACUCCUCGCCGCGAAGAUUUCGCAGCUGGAGCAGGAUGCUGCUGGUGAGAAGGACCAAGAAGCGGAAAUCGAGCGUGAAGUUAAGAAAGCUACACGAGACUUGAACCAGCUCCUAAGCAACAUCGAAUCUCCUAUGACUCGGCUUGAAACUGUGCAUAAGAAAUACACUGAACUCCUGGCCGACAUGAAAAAGCUGGAUCGCGACUAUUCUAAAAGCAAGAAGCGGGCUGAUCAACUGCAAAAGGAUCAAGAUAAAGGGAAAUCGGAGUUGAACAAGACCGUGACCAUGAAGGACAAACUGGAGAAAUUGUGCAGGGAGCUUACGAAAGAAAAUAAGAAGGUCAAGGAUGAGAAUAAAAAGCUGGAGGAUACCGAGAAGAAAGCGCGAUUGAUUGUAAACGAACGCCUCGAUUCCCUCUUGUACGACAUUCAGGAUGUCAUGGCUGCCAAGGGUAAUCCCCGGAGUGAAAAAGUUGACAUCGACCUAGAUGAAGCGCUACGGGCCAAGAUCAAGACCAUCGGUGAGAAAUUCGAAACGCGCGAAGUACAUUACAAGUCACUCUUGCGCAGCAAGGAUGCGGAGAUACAGAGCCUCACUGCCAAGUACGAAGAGCAGCGCCGUACUGCCGAGAACGAGGCCGCUCGUUGCCGUGCUUUGAGUUCGCAAGUUUCUACGUUUUCACAUACCGAGGCCGAGUUACGCAGCCAGCUCAACAUAUACGUGGAGAAGUUCAAGCAGGUGGAGGAUACGUUGAACAACAGCAACGAACUGUUUCUCACUUUCCGCAAAGAAAUGGAGGAAAUGUCGAAAAAGACCAAGCGCUUGGAAAAGGAGAAUCUCACGCUCACCCGCAAACACGAUCAGACAAACCGUAAUAUACUCGAGAUGGCCGAGGAACGUACUCGAAAUCACGAGGAACUAGAGAAGUGGCGAAAGAAGAGCCAUCACCUUGAAGCGCUUUGCCGUCGAAUGCAAGCUCAAGGUCGUGGCCAAGGACUUGCUGCCGAUCUAGACGGUGAUGACGAGGGAACCGAGAGCGAAUACGACGAAGACUACGAGGACGAGGACGAGGACGAUGAUGAGGGAAUCAGUGAUGAUGAGUAUGAAGAUAGCACGGACCGGGACAUGAACGGAGACCGCAGCGUACCACACCAGCAGCCUGAGAAGCCUGUAUUCGGGCCACCGCCACCACCCAACCUCUUGGAGGCUCGAGCCAACGGGAACAAGGCCGUGCUCAACGGAUGCCACUGACAAUUGCCGUUAUGGUUUAUCUGUUGUCCCGCUUUUGUCUGCUUUUUGUGGAGUAUGGUUUUCUUGGACCUAUUGCCUACCUUGGUUGGUCAUGGCUCUUUCUUCUGUCUGUGCUGGCAAUGUCCCAACCAGGCUGGGU